AUGAGACUCAAAACAUUAAAGGUUUUAUUAUUUCAUGUUCUCUUAGGGCAAGGAGUAGCCUUUUUGAACUCCCUUACCGGAGUGUCAACAACCAUGCUGGUGAAUGACGACGCCAGCUAUCCUCUUCUUCAGUCUGUUACUGCAUAUGCAUUUAUUUUUGUUGUUUACGCGCCAUUAUUAUUGAUUCUAUACUUUCGUAGUCGACAUCAACGGUAUAAAAAUUAUAAAUUUUUUUAUCGUCCAUGGAAAUAUGCCAUUCUAGGUCUUAUUGAUAUGGAGGCAAAUUUUGUUGUUGUCAAAGCAUACCAGUAUACAGAUAUUAUAUCUGCCCAGCUUUUGGGAUGUUUUAGCAUUCCAUGCGUACUUAUUCUUAGUUUCUUUAUCUUGAAAAUGCGUUUUGCCCUCACACACAUAAUUGGAUGUAUUAUUGCUACAGGUGGUUUGGUACUUCUUGUUGUUUUGGAUGCUGACGGUAUAUCACGUGAUAUUGUGAGAGAAAAUGUUGUUAAGGGUGAUUUAUUGUGUCUCCUUUCAGCUGCUCUCUACGCUACAAGUAAUGUACUAACUGAAAGUUUUAUAAAGCCCCAAUUCAGUGGUGGACAAAUUGAGAUGACAGAGCCUUUAGGUGUAACAGGUACGAGGGAAGAGUGUGGUGACAAUCUUGGUGACGUGGUUUUUACAUAUCGUGAGACUCAACCAUCAGGAAGGGUCCGUGAUGGUUUCAGUGACUCUGUCAAUAAUACUCGUACUGGUGAGGUUGAGAAGAAUACACAGAUGAUGGAUGGGGAGGAAACGGCGCAGCGACACGGGGGUCAACAAACCUUUGAAGAAGUGACAGAUGUAUUACCAGAUGUGCCAAAGUAUAUUCCCCUAGUGGAAAAUUUAUGCUGUAUGUCUGCAUGUGCACUGGUGUUUGCCACAAUACAGUUUUUUGCUGUAGAGUGGAAAAGUUUCGCUCCUAAUAGGGGGUCAUGGUCGAACAAAAAUUGGUUAUAUCAAAUGCUCUUUGGACUAACGAUGCUGUGUGUUUAUACGGGAUUACCAGCUCUUUUCUUGAUCACAAGUGCAGCUUUUGCCAAUGUUUCCUUACUUGCGGUGAGCAUAUACAGCAUUAUUUGGAAUGUGACGAUUUUUGGUAUAUUUCCAACGUCCAUGUUUUUUGUCUCAUAUGUGAUAAUUAUUUGCGGCAUUCUUCUUUAUGAUCUAUCUGAUGUUCACUGGCGGUGGUGCCCCCGUGCCAACUACCCCUGCGGUGACCCACGCGUGACAGUGGAUAUGUAA